AUGCAGAUCUUCGUCAAGACCUUGACCGGAAAGACCAUCACCCUCGAUGUCGAGCCCUCGGACACCAUUGACAAUGUCAAGACCAAGAUCCAGGACAAGGAGGGAAUUCCCCCCGAUCAACAGCGUCUCAUUUUUGCCGGAAAGCAGUUGGAGGAUGGCCGCACCUUGAGCGACUACAACAUCCAGAAGGAGUCUACUCUCCACUUGACCAAGAUCCAGGACAAGGAGGGAAUUCCCCCCGAUCAACAGCGUCUCAUUUUUGCCGGAAAGCAGUUGGAGGAUGGCCGCACCUUGAGUGACUACAACAUCCAGAAGGAGUCUACUCUCCACUUGGUUCUCCGUCUCCGUGGUGGUAUGCAGAUCUUCGUCAAGACCUUGACCGGAAAGACCAUCACCCUGGAUGUCGAGCCCUCGGAUACUAUUGACAAUGUCAAGACCAAGAUCCAGGACAAGGAGGGAAUUCCCCCCGAUCAACAGCGUCUCAUUUUUGCCGGAAAGCAGUUGGAGGAUGGCCGCACCUUGAGCGACUACAACAUCCAGAAGGAGUCUACUCUCCACUUGGUCCUCCGUCUCCGUGGAGGAAACUAAGUUGAGGAUUGAGCAGUUGGUCUCCUGUUGGUGGCUGUUGAUGGCAAACAAUGUUGAUGGCCAAGGUGGAUUAUCAUUGAAGAAUAGUAUAACGCUUUAGUAGUAGUUAUU